AUGGAUUCGACAGAUGGACAAGGCCUAGGUGCUCAUGUAGCUGGAUUCGCUGGUAAAAAAUCACCAUGGAUAGGCAGAAUAACAGGUUUAGAUCCAUCAGGACCUUUAUUUGAAGAUGCUAGUUCUUGGGGUCGACUUGAUUCUUUAGAUGCUCAAACGGUCGAUGUUAUACACACUGACACACCUGGACUAGGUAUUUCUAAGCCAAUAGGAACUGUUGAUUUUUACCCAAAUGGCGGCAUUGACCAACCUGGUUGUGUGCCAGCCAUAUUUUCAUUAGAUGACUUCGUUGCUGGUAAAAUAGCUGUAACCGACAUUAUAACAUGUGAUCAUCUGAAAUCAGUUGACUAUUUCGUGGCCUCUAUCAACAACUGUGAGUUUCUAGCUGUACCAUGUGACGUUGCAACCAUCAACCUUGCUCCUCAAACUUGUACGUCUUGCGGAUUUGAAGGAUGUUCAAGGUUAGGAUAUAAUCUACCAACCAAUUUGUUUGGCCAUGGUACAUACUACUUGCAGACUACCCCAACAUACCCUUUCUGUAUAGCGUGUAAGUACAAAUUUGAAUUUGAAACAGAUGUCUUCAUCAAGUAA